AUUUCCUUUGGGUUAAACAAUGGAAAAUGAAAUGCACUACUAUAUUAAUUAGACAGAAUAAACCACAACUUUAAUGACACUACGUGGUGGAAAAAUAAUCUUAAAUUAGUGCCACAGGCAAGGAUAAUAAUGCAAUCAUAAAUAGUCGGUCAAGAGAAACCCAACUUAGUUUCUUUCGUGACUUCUGACAAUCAAAAUGGAUCUCAAAAUCGUGGUUUUGAUGGUGGUUAUUGGUACCACAGUGGCACUCAGCACAAGCAACUGCCCCACCCCCACCCGCAUAGCAAGCUGUAGCCCCAAGUGCAAAGACAACAGCAACUGUCAAGGAGCCAAGGUUUGUUGUACCAAUAUAUGUGGUACCAAAUCGUGCACCGACAUCUACCAGUACCAAAACGGCGACAAAAACGACAAAUACGGCUCAUCUAGUAAGCAGGGCGCCACUGGAACGUACUGCGGCAACGUCAAAUGCAGCGCCGGCGAAAAGUGCGAACUGGACAGAACCACAAAAAGACAAAAAUGCGUCAGGGGUUAAGGAAAACUGACACUUAUAUUUGUAUCACCAGUUUUGAUAGUUUUUUAAAUACAGUCGGUGAACUUUG